AUGAACUUGAAAAAAAUUAAAGUCCGGGCGGAGUUCUGGGAGAUGUCGUAUGAAAUGAAGCUCUGGCGCUUCAAUGGAAAGGCAGGUAUUCUCGUGAAGCAGGGAUUAUCCAAACAAGAAUACGUCGUCUUCAGUUCUUGUUUUCUCAUUUAUGCGCCCUUCAUCUUUCCGAAUCCACUCAGACUUAAGAACCUCCUGCAUCCUUGCGAAAUGUUUCAUGUGAAAUCGCCUUUCCAGCGCUUGCAGCCGAUGCAAUACGUAUUCCCUUUCGGCAAUGUGAUCGUUUGUGAGUUCCCUGGAAACUAUGGAAAUCGGCCAGAGGAGCGCAUUCUCGAAGACAGAACCUUCACGAAGUUGCGAGAUUUGAUAGAUUGCUUGGGAGGAGAGGUAAGCGGUGUCAAACGUAUGCCUCGCAUCUGCAUCUUGGUUGCACCUUUGGCGCGUGGCUCGGAUAAGAUAAACUCUCGCUGA